GACAUGCUAUAUUUUUCCUCAAAAAGAAUGACUGAUUUAAUUCACUUAAAAGCGCUUACAUUAACUAAAACAUACUUCACUGCUACAAAAAUGUCAUCUGAUGAGAAGGAUAAGCUUAUGCUAACUGAUGCUGAAGAGGGAAAAGUUGUGACUCGUUUCCCGCCCGAAGCUAGUGGUUUUUUGCACAUUGGCCAUGCAAAAGCUGCUCUUAUUAACCGCAUGCUUGCAGACAAGUAUAAGGGAAAAAUGAUUUUCCGCUUUGAUGAUACCAACCCUGAUAAGGAAAAUGAAGACUAUGAAGAGGCUAUUAAACAAGAUUUGAUAUCACUGGGUGUUUCUUAUGAUAGUGGUCCAACUUACUCUUCUGAUUACAUGGAUUUGAUGUGUGAAAAAGCUGUGGAUCUUAUUAAACGAGGGUUGGCUUAUUGCGAUAAAACACCACGCGAAGAAUUGCAAAAAUGCCGAUUCGACGGAAUCGCCACUCCUUGUCGGGAUAAUUCUGUUGAAGAAAAUCUGAGGCUUUGGAAUGAAAUGUGUCUUGCCACUGAGGAAGGACUUACGACGUGCUUGAGGGCAAAAAUAUCGGUCACCGAUCCUAAUAAGGCUAUGCGUGACCCAGUCAUGUUCCGCGUGAAUUUAACGCCUCAUGUGCGCCAGGGCUCCAAGUACAAGGUUUAUCCUACCUACGAUUUCUGCUGCCCAAUUAUUGAUUCCAUCGAGAACGUGACUCAUGCCCUUCGGACAAAUGAAUAUCAUGAUCGAAAUGCGCAGUACUACUGGUUCUGUGAUGCUAUGAACCUACGCAAACCCAUAGUUGAGGACUUUUCGCGUCUGAACAUGGAGUAUACGGUGAUGUCUAAGCGUAAAUUAACCCAGUUGGUAAACACUGGUGUAGUUGAUGGUUGGGAUGAUCCUCGCUUCCCAACACUUCGUGCUUUAUUAAGGCGUGGGAUGAAGGUUGAAGCUCUCCGCCGCUUUGUAUCCGACCAAGGGAUGUCCAAGACCGUUAACUUCAUGGAGUGGUCGAAGAUUUGGUUCUACAACACUCAGAUUAUUGAUCCUAUCAGUCCUCGCUACACGGUCGUUGCCAACGAUUUGAAGGUCCGCUGCACUGUUGAAGGUCAAAAACAUAUGGAGGUGGGCAAGAAGCUUCUCCACAAGAAAAACCCAGACCUUGGUGAAAAAACUUUUUAUAAGUCGGACGUGAUUUUCCUUGACGCAGAGGAUGUCGCUCUUAUAAAGGACGGUGAGGAAAUUACUCUCAUGGAUUGGGGUAAUGCAUUUGUGAAUAACAUUAAAAAGUCGUCUGACAAUGGUUUGGCGACAGAGGCUACUAUUUUGCUUAAUCCAUCGGGUGAUGUAAAGAAAACGAAGCAUAAGCUAACAUGGGUCCCUGAAAAUCCCAACUCGGUUAUUCUCACUCUCAGGGAGUAUGAUCACUUACUUACGAAGAAAAAACCUGAUCCCGAGGAAAAGUUUGAAGAUCUCAUUGCACCCGUCUCAAUUUUCUCCCAAAAUGUCCUUGGAGAGGAGUCACUUUCAUCCAUCAAGAAGGGAGACAUCAUUCAACUAGAGCGCCGUGGCUACUACAUUGUUGACAAUAGCGACACAAAUCCAAAAAUUUUAAUCAACAUACCGGAGGGUCGUGACAAGGUUAACCAUCUGUCGGCCAAAGCACAGUACCUGAAGACUCUUCCUAAAAAGGCUUCUGCAGCUGAAGAGUUAGCGGCUAAGAGGGCAGCUAAGGCUGCGAAGAAAGCGUCUCAAAAAGAGUCCGCAAAGAAGUAAAAGAGGUUCCUACUUUUAAUCUUUAAUAAAUGGAAGGCUUUAAUUUUACAGGAAAAAUGUAGAAUUUCUUCAGCAUAAACGUAUCACUAACUCUCUGUAAUCCUGAUGAACGGAAAUAUCUGAACAUUUUAUCGGCUUCAAUAUGAAAUUUUUAUUCGUUUUAGCAAAA